AUGUUACCUUUAAAUUCGGCCAAGCGAACUUGUCUAUCUGAAUCACCAUAUUCCUCUAGCUUCGUCACCAUUCCCAACAUUAAUAACAUUGAUAUAAUACAACAACAGCAACUUAUAUCAAAACAAUUUUAUCAACAGCAUCGUCAUCGUUUAUUAUCAGAUUUGGAUAUUAUUCCUCCCAAUGAUCCAAAUGAUGAUGACAAUCUUCGUCAUAAACAACCAUUUAAUUCAUCAAUCUCGACAUCAAGUCCUCAACAAGAACAACAAAUUUUUACUAAAAGUGAUAUUCAUAGAAUCGAAAAAAAUAUUGAUUUAAUUCUUGAAAAUCCACAACCUUAUUCACCAUCACCUUCUUCAGAUAAUUCAAUCAUUCUUGAUUUUCCGAUUUUAUCAAGUCCAAAAAUCGAAGAAAAACAUAUCAAAUCACCUUUAUCCACGCUAUUGAAUCGUACUUUUCCUAAUGACGUCGUAGAAUUAGUAGAUAAAUUAAGCAAAUUGCCUAAAAAUAAUUCCAAUUUGGAUAUUAACGAUCCAAUCAACAAUAAUUUUUCUCGAGCAGCAUUACCAAAUUCUAAUAAUAAUUCGUUAACUUCGUCAUCAUUAAAAUUCACUGAUAUUUGGCUGAGAAAAGACAAACCCAUCCACUCCAAACUAUUGAUCUAUUCAACUUUGGCUUUUGCUGCUUCGAAAUUAUCUAACGACCCAUCAAUUCAAAAAACCGAAAACAAACCUGGCGGUGUGUUCUUUGAUGCUGCAAAGAAAAUUUUGGAUUCGGUAUAUGAUGAACCUAAAUUAGAAACUAUUCAAUCUUUGUUGCUUCUAGCAAGUUCCGAAAGGGCUCUUUCAAGAUUUAAUAGCGCUUUAAUGUUUUCAAAUAUGGCCGAUAAUUCAUUGACACCAGGGGAAGAGGAAGAAAGGCAUAGAAUCUUUUAUUGCGUCUACAUUCACGAUAGAUGGACUUCAUUCGUUCUGGGAAAACCAUACAAACUCAAAAACAUGGACAUCAACAUACCACUGCCGACAUUACCAAAUUUCGAUCGGCCAACUAAAAAUUUUUUUGUUGCAUUCAUAAAACUAUCGCAUAUCAUUGGUCAGAUUUGGAAACUUUGCUAUUCCACUAAAUCAGAAGUCAAUUAUGAAAAUUGGCAUAAUCACGUGAUGGAUCCAAAAAGCUCAUUGAGGCAAAUUAGAUCUUCAUUGGCAAAAUGGUUGAAAGAAUUACCUGAUGAAUUGCAGUACCAGUAUCUGCCAAAUGAGGAUCCAAGAAGUUUGUUCCAAAUGACCACUUUCUCAGUAUUUGCUGGUUAUAUUAACAUACUUUUUCAUGCUUGCAUUUUAUUACUACAUCAACCUUAUCUUACAAGAUCAUCAUUGACAACGAUAGCAACCAAACAACAGAUGCACAGUCAUCACGAGCAUCAUGCGUCUAAGACUUCCAAUAAAUAUGAUCCAUCAUCAUUAACUCAAACAAACGUUGAUCUAAUUAAAACUUGUUUGACAGCUGCAACAACUAUUACUGACAUAGCUAAAAAAACAAGAAAUUAUGAUAAAACAGCAUUUCAUUAUUUCGUGUUGCCAUUUCCAUUCCUCUUGCAGUCGAUUUUAACUGAAGUGGUUGUAAUUACUAGCAGAGAAAAGGAUGACUCAUCAUCUGGCGAAGCAGCAAAAGCGUUGAUUGAUACAUUUGAGGAGUUUAAAUUGAUAGCAGAAAUUUGUAGUUUGGGUUGUACUGAUGAGAUGAAGAAACUUAUUGAGGAGGUGGAAAGAAUUUUGGUAUUCACUAAUAAUGAUGCUAAAAAUAGCGGUCUCACAAUAACGGAAGCAAGUCUAAACCCAAAUCCAAAUGACAAUAAUAAUAUUAAUUUAUGUGUAACAAAUCUUGGUAGUGAUGUGGAAGAUCCAUCGUCCAAAUUUGUUGCUUUAUCGUCUUCUUUAUUAUCAUCAGCUGUCAACAAUAGUAAGGAUUUAUUUACUAUGACUUCAACUCCACCACUAUCACUAAUUGCAUCAGCAGUAUUUACACCGAAUAAUCUAACAACUAAUAAUAACAAUAACUUUUCACAAAAUAUACCAUUUCCAACGUCAAUAUCAUCAUCAUCUUCUUCAAUUCACGCUACUAUUAGUAAUAGUAGUAAUGAUAAUAACAGUAUACCAUGGGAUCAACAUUUCUACAUGGGCGCAACUAACAACAGCGUUGAAAAUUCAACUGAAAAAUAG